UUCAAGCUCUUGUGCGAGUUAACAUAAAAAGACUCGCAUUAGAGUUCCUGGCGUUGCUGGAACUGAAAUCUGCAGCCGUUGAUCCAUCUGAAGUUCGAAUUCCAGCCGUUGAUCGUAGAUCGCCUCGACAGCCGGGGGUGAUACCUGGAUCUCCUCCUAAAAAAUACUAGCUUCUCUUCCCUUUUGAAAGAUCUCGUCAUUCGGCGAGUCUCCUUCAUCGAUAUUCUCCGAUCUCGACUUGAGAAUAGAUAAGGUUUCAUUGAAGGCUUGAGCCUUGAAGGUAUCUAGGUCUGUUUUGUUCCCCUGAUGGCAUCUCCUGUACCCUCCCGGGUACCAAGACCUGGUUAUUUUCCCCCUAAUUUCAACCCCAAUUACCAAAACAAUCCCAACUCUUUAUCAGAUAGCAUGCAAAAUCUACAAAUCAAUCACCUGCCUGGUCCUCCACCAGCAAUGCCCAAUACUUCUGGUCCCCGACCUCCUCCUUUUGUGACCCCACCCUUCCAGUCGUCUGUCCCUCCACAUAUCUCCCCAGCCUCCUUUCCAGGUGUCGCGCCAGUUUCUCGCCCUGGCCCACCACCAGCUGACAUCGCACGAGUUGGUGCCCCUCCACCUGGUCCUCAACCAGUGAACCUUGUAUCAAAUCUGGCUUCUGGAAGGUCAUCAGGGCCUCCAUUUUCUUUGUCUGCACCUUUUGGUUCGCGGCCCCCACCUCCUGGGGUGUACCCUUCUGCCCCAAUGAUGACAGGUCCUAUUGCCCCAUCACCAAAUGUGCAGGGUCUGAUGAGUAACGGGCCGCCUACGUUUGCGCAAGGGAGUUUUCCAGGUGGUCCCCGUUCCUCUCCUAUUGGCAGCACCCAACGGCCCCCGGCCGGACCUCCACCAGUGGGCUCAUUUCCUAGGGAUCCUCAGGCUUCGAGUGUGCACCCUUUUCUGGGGAGCCCACCUGCUGGGCCUCCAUUGGGUCCAUUUUCAACUUCAUCUCAAGGCAUGCCACCAACUUCAGCUCCUCUAUAUGGCUCUCAACCGUGGCAGAUGCAACCCCAGCAGGGGAGUCCACUGGCACCAGGUACCAUGCCACCGCCUAGAACCUUUGGAAUGACUCCAGGUCUACCAAAUCAACCCAUGCCGCCUGUACCACCGGGAAUGGGCCAUCCAUCUGUAUCUGGAGCUCCGGUAGCAGGGUCCAAAAUUGAUCCCAAUCAAAUUCCCCGCCCCAUUCCAAGUUCCCCAGUGACAAUAUUUGAUACUCGUCAGAAUAAUCAAGCCAACAAUCCCCCGCCGGCCACAAGCGAAUACAUUGUCAGGGACACUGGGAACUGCAGUCCACGUUACAUGAGGUGCACCAUUAAUCAGAUUCCAUGCUCGGGUGACCUUCUGACAACAUCUGGCAUGCUGUUGGCUUUGAUGGUCCAACCUUUGGCCGUCCCUCAUCCAUCUGAGGAGCCCAUCCAAGUUGUGGAUUUUGGAGAAGGCGGACCUGUUCGAUGCUCUCGGUGUAAAGGGUAUAUAAAUCCUUUCAUGAAAUUUAUUGAUCAAGGAAAGCGUUUCAUUUGUAACUUAUGUGGAUUUAUCAAUGAGACUCCUUGCGACUACUACUGCAAUACAGCACCGGAUGGUAGGCGUAGAGAUGCUGAUGAAAGACCCGAGUUGUGCAGGGGAACAGUUGAAUUUGUUGCUACAAAGGAAUAUAUGGUCCGUGAUCCAAUGCCUGCUGUGUUCUUCUUCCUAAUUGACGUAUCAAUGAAUGCUAUACAGACGGGUGCAACUGCAGCAGCUUGCAGUGCAAUCAACCAAGCUAUUAUUGAUCUUCCUGAAGGUCCUCGGACAAUGGUUGGCAUCGCGACAUUUGACUCAGCUAUUCAUUUUUACAACCUAAAACGGGCACUACAGCAGCCUUUGAUGUUCAUUGUUCCUGAUGUACAAGAUGUUUACACACCACUUCAAACAGAUAUCAUUGUUCAACUUGCUGAGUGCCGUCAACAUUUGGAGCAAUUGCUGGAGAGCAUUCCAACCAUGUUUCAGAACAAUAGAGUCACCGAAUCUGCCUUUGGUGCAGCUAUCAAGGCUGCUUAUUUGGCAAUGAAAUCCACUGGAGGAAAACUUCUUGUAUUUCAAUCAGUUUUGCCAUCAGUUGGCAUCGGAAGUCUUUCUGCUAGAGAAGCUGAAGGAAGAACUAAUGUGUCUGCUGGUGAGAAGGAAACCAAUAAAUUGCUCCAACCAGCUGACAAGACUCUGAAAACAAUGGCAAUAGAAUUUGCAGAGUGUCAGGUGUGCGUGGACAUUUUUGUUACUACCCAGUCAUAUAUAGACAUUGCUUCCAUGUCUGUAGUUCCAACAACUACUGGGGGUCAGCUAUAUUAUUACCACCCUUUUUCAGCCCUUUCGGAUUCUGCCAAGCUUUACAAUGACCUUAGAUGGAACAUUGCAAGGCCCCAAGGUUUUGAGGCAGUAAUGCGUGUAAGAUGUAGCCAGGGUCUUCAAGUUCAAGAGUACUCAGGAAACUUUUGCAAACGCAUACCCACAGAUAUUGAUCUUCCUGGGAUUGACUGUGACAAGACUAUAAUGGUCACCUUCAAACAUGAUGAUAAGUUUCAGGACGGGUCUGAAUGUGCUUUUCAGUGUGCCCUUCUUUACACAACAGUAUAUGGGCAAAGAAGAAUACGAAUUCAGACUCUAUCUCUUCCAUGCACGACUGUGCUCAGUAAUCUAUUUCGUACAGCUGAUCUGGAUACUCAGUUUACAGGUUUCUUGAAGCAAGCUGCAAAUGAAAUUCCUACCAGUCCUCUUGUUCAAGUCCGGGACGAGAUAACGAACCUUUGCAUCAACAUUCUGCACACAUAUCGUAAAUUUUGUGCGACAGUAUCAUCAUCUGGACAGCUGAUUCUUCCUGAGGCUCUUAAGCUUUUGCCUCUGUAUACCCUAGCAUUGGCCAAAAGUGUAGGGUUGCGAACUGAUGGACGAGUAGACGAUCGGUCCUAUUGGGUCAGUCACGUUGCAUCCCUUUCUACUCCAUUGGCUGUUCCUUUGGUGUAUCCUAGGAUGAUGGCUAUCCAUAAUCUUGCUUCAAAGGAGGCUGAUGGUUCUCUUCUCCCACCCAUAAUUCCACUUUCCAGUGAGAAUGUGACUGAUGAUGGAAUCUUUCUCCUAGAAAAUGGAGAGGAUUGUUUGAUUUAUGUUGGGAACACAGUGAAUCCAGAUAUCCUAAUGCAACUAUUUGGAAUUUCCUUGGUUGAAGAAAUUCCUUCCCAGUUCCUUCUGCAGCAAUUCGACAAUGAGUUGUCGAAGAAAGUAAACGAUGUGGUUAAUGAGAUACGACGCCAAAGAUCUUCCUACCUCCGUUUACAGUUGUGCAGAAAAGGAGAUACAUCAGGGUCUUUGUUCUUUUCAUAUUUGGUUGAAGACAAGACUGCGAACGCCCUCUCUUAUGUAGAGUUCCUUGUACAUGUCCACCGGCAAAUCCAAACUAAAAUGGCGUGAGCAUUGGCCAUCCCCCAUUGACAAAAAUUCAGUAGGUAAGAGUUUUUUUAGGUCAGUCCUUAAAAAUUGGAUCCGGAAGUGGAUGUAGGGGAAGAUAAUCAUCUGAUUCGUGCAUUUUCAAUGGAUGGUGCUGAUCCGAUUUGUUCAUCAUUUGAUAUUAUGAUUAUCAGCAUUUUUAUUAGUUUAAAGUUGUCUUCUAUUGUUCUUCUU